AUGAUGUUCACCAAGACUCUCGGCCUUGCUGCCCUCUUCUCAACCAUUGCCUCCGCCCUCCCCCAGGACAUGAUGGUCCGCCGCGCGGGUAUGGUCCGUCGUGACGGCGGUGGUGUCAAGAUCACCAACAACCUCCAGCAAGACGUCUACGCCUGGUCUGUUGCCGGCGACGUCGGCCCCAUGCAGACCAUCAAGAGUGGCGGCGGCAUUUACUCUGAAGACUGGCGCACCAACCCCAACGGCGGUGGUAUCUCCAUCAAGCUUGCUCUCGACGAGCAGCAGCACGACGUCCUUCAGUUCGAGUAUACCCAGGCUGGUGACACUAUCUUCUGGGACCUGUCUUGCAUCGACAUGGAGUCCGGCAACAAGUUCACCGAUAAGGGCUUUGCUGUCCAGCCUUCUGAGGAGAACUCCUCUUGCCCCAAGGCUAUCUGCAAGGCUGGUGACAAGGCCUGCUCGGCUGCUUACCUCCAGCCCACUGAUGACCACGCCACUCACGGCUGCCCCAUCAACACUGCUCUCGAUCUGAGCAUUGGUGCUUAA